AUGAGCGCUCGAGUCUCUUACUCUGAGCUUAUAGCAAGAGCAAGAGAGAAAAGAGAUGCCGAAUACAAAAAACUAUCCAGUUUUACUAUAUCCCAAAUAGAAACUGCUACAGAAAAAGCCACCCACAGAUGGAGCUGGGCAAAUGCUUGUUUGUAUAAACAAGACAAUUCUCAGAUAAAAUGUGCCGCAAACGCUGUUUUGGGAUUCAUCCAAUCGAUAGAGAAGAGGGAAGAGUCGUUUUCCGACAUGAUACAGAUGAUUUACUUAGUUUUCACUGCAAAUUUCAGUGAAAUAGAAAUCCAGAAAAUUGGAGAAAAAUUGUUGAAAUUUGACACAAAAUUUUUACAAAUUUCUUCACAACUUUUCGCAAAACUUGGAAAGCCAUCAUCACAAUCACAGCAACUAGUGAUCAAACUGCUCCAAAAACUCUUCAAAGUGCAUUACCACUCCCUCUUAUUCCCUUUGUUGCUCUGUAUAAGAGAAAAUUUACCAAAUUCUAUAAGAAUUGAUCAAGAUGUCACUUUUCAAGUUUACAAGUCACUUCACCUGAAGAAGAAGAUAACAAUUAUGAAGAAGACUUAG